AUGAGCGGAGAUGAGAUCAUCGAUGCCACCGGAUUCUGCCUCGAGAUGCUCAAUGUCAUGGCGGCCAAGUUCAACUUCACGUACAAGCUGGUCCUGCCCUACGAUGGCAACUGGGGCGCGCCCAUGGCAAACGGCACCUUUAACGGCAUGGUGGGGAUGGUGCAUCGUCAGUGGGUCGACUUCGCCAUGGCCGGCUUCACCAUCACCCACAUCCGGGACACCGUGAUCGACUUCACCCACGCCUUCUACGAGGAGCCGACCACCAUCUUGAUUCCGCCGCCUCGGGAGCAGGACAACUUUCUUGCUUUCCUGCAGCCUUUUACGUGGCAGGUGUGGUUGAUUAUCUUGGCGAGUGUGGUUGUUGUAGGACCUGUUAUGUGGUUUAUGGUGAACUUCUCGGACCAUCUGCCCAUCCUGUACCCUUACCACAGGAACUCAGCCCCUCAGCCUCUCUUUAAUUACAUGUGGGGAUGCGCUUUCUCGCUCACUUCUCAAGGUUCCAGUCUCCGACACACAGAACCAGCACGGUUGUUGCAUGCUAUGUGGUGGUGUUACUGCCUGAUUGUGGUUUACACGUAUACCGGUUCCCUCAUUGCCUUCCUCACCGUACCCCGCUUGACGAGCCUCAUUAACUCUCUGGAGGAGUUAGCGAACCAGCGGGAAGUUCUCUGGACGUACAGAGCAAAGACGGCUCACGACAGUCUUUUCUCAACGGCCCCUUCCGGCAGCGUGUACAACAAGAUCGGUCAGCUGAUCAAGGAGCAGCCCGACCUCCUCGUCACCACGGACUCCGAGGGGGUCAAGGCCGUGCUCCAGGGCGACAUGGCCUUCAUCAAGGAAAAAUCUUGGCUGGACUUCCAAAUGGAGCUCGACUACCUGCGGACGGGAGAGUGCCGCCUGGCGCAGGUCAAUCAGCUGUUCUUCAGUGCCGGCUUCGGAUGGGUGCUCGAGGAGGAGUCGGCUUACCUCCCGCUCUUCAAUCUCGAGAUCCUGAGGAUGGCCCAAAGUGGCCUGUUUUCCAUCUGGCGGCAGCAGUACUGGCCCAAACCCAACGAGUGCACGGCCGGAGGGGGCCAGGCGUCGGGGCCCAAACCGCUCAGGAUUAAAAACUUUUUGGGCCAUUUCUUCGUGUUGGGCGUCGGACUGAGCACCGCCAUCUUCGCCUUCGCCUUGGAGAGGGCCUUCUACUCGUACGUGGGCGGCGAGGAGAUGAGGGCCUUCGAAGAACGGAAAUGCCCAGGCUCCAAGAUAACCGGUCGGGUAAUACCCAGUCAGGGUACGAGUGAUGGUCAACGGUGCCUUGUAGUGGCAAGGCGGCACAGGUUCUAUAUAAGUCACGUGUCCUUACUUGAGAGUUCUGCGUCACAGAAGGCCUAUGACGUCACAGAAGGCCCAUGA